GCUUCUCGGCAGUGGCCGUGGCCGUUACCGUUGCCUCCAGGCGACUCUGGCGGCGGCGGCGGCUCCCGGCUCUCAGAGAGGAGCGGGGCGCCUUUCGUCCGUGGCCGCCUCGAGCAAAUCAGCGCUGGGACCGGGGAGGCGAGACGGCGGCGGUGAAGGGUCGUGCCCUGUCCCCCUCCCCCUCGCCUCCAGCCCCCGGGCGGCUGCGGACUCCGGGUAGCCCCGGGGCGGCGGCCGAGGCGGCGGAGCCGACGGCGGGGGAUGGCGAGAUAGCGGCGCGGGAGCGGCCCGACUGACUGCAUUGCUGGACGAUGGAUGUUUACUUUCGAUGGAGACGACCAUCCCGGGUGGUGGACUGUAAAAGAAUGAGGACUGGUUCAAGUUUCCAUUGGCUCUUAGUAUCAUUUAUUCUUCUGUAUCUAAUGAAUCAAGUAAAUAGCCAGAAGAAGGGGGCUCCUCAUGAUUUGAAAUGUACAACUAACAAUCUACAAGUGUGGAACUGUUCCUGGAAAGCACCCUCAGGAGCAGGUCAUGGUGCUGUUUACGAAUUUUGCAUUGGAAACAGGUCCCAGUCUUGUUCUCAUUUGGUAAACACAAAUACUAAAAUCCAAGCUCUUUUACCUGGUGAUCAUGAAAUAACAAUAAAUCCUCUACAUGAUUUUCGAAGUUCUAGAAGUAAAUUUAUACUAAAUGAAAAAAGUGUUUCCUUAAUUCCAGACACUCCUGAGAUCUUGAAUUUGUCUGCUGACUUUUCAACUUCUACAUUACACCUAAAAUGGAAUGACAAGGGAUCUGUUUUUCCACAUCACUCAGAUGUCAUCUGGGAAAUCAAAAUUCUACGUAAAAAGAAUAUGGAAAUCGUAAAAUUAGCAACCCUCAACACAACUCUGAAUGGUAAAGAUACAGUUCAUCACUGGAGUUGGACCUCGGACAUGCCCUUGGAGUGUGCCACACAUUAUGUGGGAAUUAGAUGCUACAUUGAUGAUCUUCAUUUUUCUGGUCACAAAGAGUGGAGUAAUUGGAGCCCACUGAAGAACGUUUCCUGGUCUCCUGAUUCUCAUCCUAAGGUUUUUCCUCAAGACAAAGUGAUACUUGUAGGUUCAGAUAUAACAUUUUGUUGUGUAACUCAAGAACAGGUGUUAUCUGCACAGAUUGGCAGAAAAAUGUGUCCUCUUAUCCAUCUUGAUGGGGAAAAUGUUGCAAUCAGGAUCCAUAAUAUUUCAGCUUCUGCAAGUAGCGGAACAAAUGUGGUUUUCACAACAGAAACAAACAUGGUUGGAACAGUUAUUUUUGCAGGAUAUCCGCCUGAUAUUCCUCAAAAACUGAAUUGUGAAACACGUGAUUUAAAAGAGAUCGUAUGCACUUGGGAUCCAGGAAGAUCGACAGAAUUGGUGGGCCCACGCAAUACAAGUUACACUUUAUUUGAAAGUUUUUCAGGAAAAAAUAUUGUAUUUAAAAGAGUUGAAGAGCCCAUAAAUGAAAGCUAUCAGUUGUUCUUUCAGAUGAUUCCAAAUCAAGAAAUAUAUAAUUUUACCUUGAAUGCUCAUAAUCCUGUUGGUCAUUCAGAAUCAACAAUUUUAGUUAACAUAACUGAAAAAGUUUAUCCUCAUACUCCUACUUCAUUCAAAGUGAAAGAUACUAAUUCAACAGCUGUUAUACUUUCUUGGCAUUUACCAGGCAACUUUGCAAAAAUUAAUCUUUUGUGUCAAAUUGAAAUUACUAAAGUUAAUUCAGUGCAAGAAUUGCGGAAUGCCACAAUCAAAGGAGUAGAAAAUUCAAGUUAUCUCGUUACUGUGGGCAAGUUAAACCCAUAUACUACAUAUACUUUUCGGAUUCGUUGUUCUACUGAAACUUUCUGGAAAUGGAGCAAAUGGAGCAAUGAAAAACAGCAUUUAACCACAGAAGCCAUUCCUUCAAAGGGACCAGAUACUUGGAGAGAGUGGAGUUCUGAUGGAAAAAAUUUAAUAAUCUAUUGGAAGCCUUUACCCGUUAAUGAAGCUAAUGGAAAAAUACUUUCCUAUAAUGUAUCAUGUUCAUCAGAUGAGGACACGCAGUCCCUCUCUGAGAUCCCUGAUCCUCAACACAAAGCAGAAGUACAACUUGAUAAAAAUGAUUACAUCAUCAGUGUGGUGGCAAAAAAUUCUGUUGGCUUAUCUCCACCUUCAAAAAUAGCUAGUAUGGAAAUUCCAAAUGAUGACCUCAAAAUAGAGCAGGCCAUUGGAAUGGGAAAUGGGAUUUUUCUCACUUGGAAUUAUGAUCCCAACAUGACUUGUGACUAUGUUAUUAAAUGGUGUAACUCAUCUCAGUCAGAACCAUGCCUUAUGGACUGGAAAAAGUUCCCGUCAAACAUCACUGAAGCUCUAAUAGAAUCUGAUCAGUUUCAACCAGGUGUGAGAUACCAUUUUUUCUUGUAUGGGUGCAGAAAUCAGGGAUAUCAAUUAUUACGCUCCAUAGUUGGAUAUAUAGAAGAAUUAGCUCCAAUUGUUGCACCAAAUUUUACUGUUGAGGAUACUUCUGCAGAUUCAAUAUUAGUAAAAUGGGAAGAUAUUCCUGUAGAAGAGCUUAGGGGCUUUCUAAGAGGAUAUUUAUUCUACUUUGAAAAAGGAGAGAGAGGUACAUCUAAGAUAAGGGGUUUGGAAUCAGGUCGUUCUGACAUAAAAGUUAAGAAUAUUACCGACAUAUCCCAGAAGACACUGAGAAUUGCUGAUCUUCAGGGUAAGACAAGCUACCAUCUGGUCCUGCGGGCCUACACGGAUGGUGGCGUGGGCCCAGAGAAGAGCAUGUACGUGGUGACAAAGGAGAACUCUGUGGGAUUAAUUAUUGCCAUUCUCAUCCCAGUGGCCGUGGCUGUUGUUGUUGGAGUGGUAACUAGUAUCCUUUGCUACCGGAAACGAGAAUGGAUUAAAGAAACUUUCUACCCUGAUAUUCCAAAUCCAGAAAAUUGUAAAGCAUUACAGUUUCAAAAGAGUGUCUGUGAGGGGAACAGUGCCGUUAAAACAUUGGAAAUGAAUCCUUGCACCCCAAACAGUGUCGAGGUUCUGGAAACGCAGUCAGCAGUUCCUAAAAUAGAAGAUACAGAGAUAAUUUCCCCAGUAGCUGAGCGUCCUGAAGAGAGCUCUGAUGCCGAACCAGAAAACCAUGUGGUUGUGUCCUAUUGCCCGCCGAUCAUUGAGGAAGAAAUACCGAAUCCAGGAGGGGAUGAAGCCGGAGGUACUUCCCAAGUCAUUUAUAUCGAUAUUCAGUCAAUGUAUCAGCCUCAAGCAAAACCAGAGGAAGACCAGGAAAAUGACUCUGUAGGGGGGGCAGGCUAUAAGCCACAAAUGCACCUCCCUAUUCCUUCUACUGUAGAAGAUACCACUGCAGAAGAUGACUUAGACAAAACUGCAGGUUAUAGACCUCAGGCAAAUGUAAAUACUUGGAAUUUAGUUUCUCCAGACUCUCCCAGAUCCACAGACAGUAAACAGAAGUUGUCCUCUUUUGGCAGUCCAUGUUCCAUUAAUUCCCGACAAUUUUUGAUUCCUCCUAAAGAUGAAGACUCUCCUAAAUCUGGUGGAGGAGGGUGGUCCUUUACAAACUUUUUUCAGAACAAACCAAACGAUUAACAUGGUCAUCUGGACACUUCAGUCUGCCAUCUCAAUAAGCUCUUACUGCUAGUGUUGCUUGGCCAGCACUGGGUAUCCCUGGAGGGCUCCUGUGAAGUAUUGUUAGUGAGGUGAUGUGCAAGUUACACCGGAAGUGUUAAUGUGUUGUUGACUUAGUCUAAAAGCCGAAGUAGAGCAACUCAAAUUCAGUCCGUGAGACUCAAGAUUUGGAGCUAUUUGUGAUUUGAGCCAAAGAAUUCUCAUGUACUCUACCUACAAGAAGCAUUUCAGGACUAAUACUGUCUAGUUCAUGCAAAACAAAUCCCACAGUAACUGUUUUCUAUCCCGUUGUUAAUGGUUUUCUCAUAUGUAGUCUUCGUCGAAUUCCAAGCAGAUUUGCAGGCAAGGGAGAAAAAUGUCAAAUUGACAGCUAAUGUUUAUUUGCCUGACUUUUCCUCUAAUUGAAAACCAAGCACACAUUUUAAAACUUGUAUGAUUAAUUUUUCAUGUAAUGACAGCUAUUUAGUGUUUUGUUUGAUAAAGCAUGCUGAUUUCUGUGCCUACUGUAUAUGGUUAUCAAAUAGUUGACUCAGGGGUACAAACUUGGAAUAUGAGUAUGACACUGACCAGCCCAGAUCCCGAAUCCUGCUUUGGUAGAUUUUCCAAACCUUUCCAUUGUUUUUUUAGUUUUUAUGCUGGCUUCUUUUCUUGCCAUUGGUUUCCCUCCUAUUUAAAAUUUAAAUUUCUAAGACUAUAGAUUUAAGUUUGAAAAAAAAAUCCAUUUUAUUUUGUGACAGUGUCAGUUUUAUAAGUAUAUAGGCAAAGCCAUAUAUGCUCUUCAAUAUUAUUCAUGAGUGUAUAAUUCCAUGAAUCUACUAUGAGACUACUAAGCAAUAUCUAGCGGCAUUGGCUAUCCAAGUAGUUCUGACUGGUUUUUAGUUCCUCAGUCACCCUGGCGGCGAUGCUCUUUGAUACCUCGUGGCAGGUGGUCCUUCUGCUUGUGAGUCUUAGCAGUUCCUCCCUCUUAAAUGAUCAGUACUGACUGAUCAGGUUCUCAAAGUGAUAAUGCUUCUUAGAGAAAUAAUUACUCAAGGGCUCUUUGAUAUUCAAUGUCAUAAAAUUGAUUUGAAUUAACAAGCAUCCCUGCAUCUCAGGUGCAGCGGUUGCUUUGUGAGCUGUAGAGUUGCCCUCAGCACAGCAUCCUCUCCCCAUCCUUGUUUUUCGUAAGUAAUGUCUAGUAUGAGUAAUGUGGUUCUUGGAAAAGCAUAUAAUGAAAACCUAAAGAGUCUGUCUUGUGGUUUCCCUGCCCUAAUGUUGUCUAUGCAUUUCCUCUUUUGGUAGUUAAGGAAAAAGUACUUGAAAAUUUCAAAUAUCUUAAUAAGUUAAGAUGUGCUCUUUUUUAAAUCAUCUAAUGUAGUGUUCUGUAAUGUAUUUGCAAGUAAUGAAUUAGUUUUUUUUUUUUCCUAGCUCAUAAUGUAUCUUUUUAAAAACGAUGUUGUGGAAAAAACAGCCACAUAGUGACAAAGGGACAAAAUCUGUUCGGGUACUCUGUUUAUGAAUCCUGAUUUUAACUGCUAGAGUUUAGCAAAAUUCCUGAGCAUCAUGAUUUAUGGAUAUGUGGAACAAAAAACAAUUAAUUUAAUAUACAUAGUAUAUUAAAACUGUAAAAUAACUCCUAGAAAUUCUCAGCAAUGAAAAUAUAUCAAACCAGAGCCAUCCCUGAACAGAGUUUCUCUGUUGUCUUCUUUGUACCCUCUCUGGCUCCUUCCCGUGGCUCUCAUCCCAAACACUUAGACCUGGGAGCACCUUCCCUGCAGGACCCUUUCUCUCCCUGCAGAAGCUUGUUGUUACCAUACUCCUCUUGCCCUCAACUUGUGCCCUCAGUUCCCCGUUGAAACUCACCGAUCCCAUGUUUCAUCUCUUUAGGACAGGUGUUUGUUAUAAUAAGAGUUUACUUGAUCCAGACUAACUGAGAUGAUGGGAAAAGACCAGAAGAGAUUGAUCUCUGUCAUCAGUGUAUGUGCAUUUCAGCUGUGAUAUCUGGAUCCAGUGCCCCUUCUGACUUAAAGGUAUAGUAACUUGUUUGGUUGGCAAAUGGUGGAAAACUCUUGGGGCUCUGGAGUCCUUACACUGCCCAAGAUUUCACUGCCAUUCCUGUAUGAGAAAGGUUCCAAGGGCUGCCUCUCCCCUGCCUUUAGAGUUCCAACAUAACACACCCAUGAGGAUCACUGGCCUAAUGAGAAGCAGUAAUGCUCUAUUAAUCUGGGCAAACUUAUAACUCCCCGUAUGUUUGGAAGAAUACAGUUUAGGCCUGGGUGCAAUUAGGUUUCCUUAUAUUUCCCCAUAGCAUUGAACACAACCAGACCCACUGUGAAGAUCCAAGGUUAUUACCUACACACACAUACCGCACCCUACCCCCUGCCCCGUGUACCUCAGGGACCCUCAACUCAGAGAGGAAGGAGUGUGAGUGAGAACCUUUUCUGACACGUCUGGUGGUUUGUGGCACUGGAGACACUGGCCAGCACCCCGCUCCCAGCGCAGAAGGUGGGCCAUGGUGGUCAUGCUACAUCCAGUCACAUCAGCUCCUUCAGCUUUGGGGAGGGUGAUCGAGAGGACUGGUUAGACAGGGAGGCUGCAUGUGUUCUCUUUGUCCCUCCCUGGCUGGGAAAACAAUUGGCAAAUCCCCCUUUCAUCAACUAAAGCCAGACAUUAGUUAGAAGAUUCUGAAGGUCUAAAUUAGAAUUUUGUUUCAGUAAUGUCUGUUGAAUAGAUAUAUAGGACACAUUUGAUGUCUCUGACAUUUUUAAGCUAAAUUUCAAAUCACGCUUCCUUUGUGAGGAAUGAAUAUUUUGGUGGUCCUUAGGACUGCGCUUCUUUUGUGAGUGGCCAUAUUAAAGAAACAAUAUUUAAUACAAUGAUACUCUCAGAAAAUUUAGCUUGGCUUUUGACAUUAAAUAGACCUUGUACCUUAUGUAUUGAUGGAUUUGUGCACAAAAAAAUCGUUUCAGUCAUCUCAAUUUGUUGAACCAGUAUAGAACCCUGAACUUGAGAUGGUGGCCCCGAGUAUCUGGAUAGUUAUGUUGUAUGUUUACGUGCUUAUGUGACAGAGGUGCUUUGUCCCUGCAGCUUAGAAACAGAAGCAGCCAUUCAUUGGAAAUUUUAAGAGAGGAAGUAUCAGCCUCAUUUGCCAUACCGGCAUUACUUUCACGGCUCAUGGAUCUGAAGGAUUGCAUUUAGAAUAGCUAGUGUAAUUGAACUCUCAGAAACUUUGGCAAGAAGUCACAUUCUUAAAACUUCAUGCUUUAUUCUUUUUGUUUUCUUAUUGGAAACUAGUCCUGUAAUUUCUUAAUUUUUUUCAUACCGUCCAUAUUUAAAGAACAUUACAGUCCUUUCUGGAUUUGAAUAAUUAGAUGUGUUAGCAAAGGGGGUGAGAGAACAUUUUCUUCCAAAAAAGUUGAAAUCAAUUUUAUGAUAUUUUGAAAUUUAAACACUCCUGAACAUGUUGUCAGUAUUCAGAAAAUGUUAUCCCCAGUUUUUGAACUGCUCAGGCACAUAAUCUGAUAAAACAUUUUUUGUUUUUACUCUAAAGUAAUUUUUGUUGCUUUCUGUUCUGAGCCAUAUUUAAAGUUUUUUACCUUUUACACAAUGCCAUUUUUUUAUUUUGAAAGUGUGAAAUUGGGCAUCACUCAAGGGUAAUGUGUGGGAUCCUUAAUUCCAAAGACUAGGCACAUCAUGGGAGUUCAGUGAUUAUUUUUUAUUGACUGAGUCCCAUUCCAGAGGGUUCAACAGAGUUUUCCUGAAGGGUGGUAUAUAUCCUCUAUCUUGUGUGGGCCUGAGACUGCUGGUUCAAAGAUUCAGAUUUACAGAUGGAAACAUGGGAAAGCCUCAUUCAUCAAGUUACUAGAUACCUUCAUGAUCUCUCAUUUUAGUUGUUCCUAGUUUCUUUUUAUUUAAUGGGUAAACAACUUGGGGCAUAUUUGUACCAACCAGCAUGUGUUCUGGCAAAGAAACAAUACAUUGAUGUAUGAGCUUAAUUGAUUAAUAGAGGAACUCAUUGUCUUGAUAAAAUAUUUCCUCAAAGCAAUUAUUUUAAACUGAUAUUUCCUGCUCUAAUACAGCUUCAUGGUAUCAUGCCCAUCUUUUAUAUCCAGAAGGCAGUUUUUCACAGAAGAAAAUGAUUUGUGGCCAAAUUUCCCGAAAAUGCAUCUUUUAGACAUAGCCUUAGAGUAUCACUGGAAAUUACUUGGUUUGAAUUUGGUUUGUUUAUAUCUCUGUGGAUUAUAUACCAGGCUACUAAAUAGUAUUUAAACUUCUUAUUUCACUUGGGUGGUUAGAUUUUUAUUCCCUUUCAAUUUGUGCCUUUGUCUUAAAUAUUUUACAUGGCCAUAUUCUUGUUAAUUAUAGUACAAACUAUUUUUAAUACUGGUAUAGAGGGCUAAAAACAACAUUUAAUUAAUUGACUGAUGUAUGAAGCUGUAUUGUAAUGUUAAAGUUUCAGGGGAUAUAAAUUGGUCUAGAAUAUAUCCAAAUUGUAAUUAUGAUAUUGGGUUAUAGUAGGAUCCUAUUGUUUUAAUGGUGAGAACAGUAGUGCUUGUUUCUGCCAUAUGAGGAAUGUUAAUAUUUUGGAUGAUAGUGUCCAAGUUAUAAACAGAAUUUAAGCAAGACAAAUUCUAACCACAACAUUUUAAUGAAAAUUAAUGUUUUAGGUGGGAAACCUUCUGAAUUAUACAUGUAUACAUACCUGCAAGUGCCUAGCUGAAGAAUCAUGGAAACGUGAAAUUCAAAAGCUCUUAUCUAUGUAGACUAUAACUGAUGGAGCAUUAACCAAAUAUAAAGAUGGAGCAUUAACCAAAUAUAAAGCAGUAGUAAUUUACAUUACUUUUUGUUGUUAUAACUCAUUCACCUAAAAACUAAGGCAUGUAAAUGGAGGAGAAAAAUGGAUGUUUAAUUGAUGAGGAAAUCGAUAUUUAUUAUCAAUUGAUCAACUUACCAAUUGAUAUUACAAAUUAUCAAUUGAUAUUACUUACGUCUUCUAAGAUUCCCUUAACAGUAGCCAGUCAGGGCUUUAAAAAAAAAAAACUUAUAACAACAUAGACCUCGUGCUCUCCUAAGCCGAAAAUACUUUGUACACCUGACUGAGUGUUUCACUUAAAUUUAUUGAAUUUCUUUUUUUAUUUAAAAUACAUUUCCGUUUAGAAUUAUUUCAUUUUAAAUGGGUAGCUUUCAAUUUCUGAGCUUAAUAUUAUUCCUCAGCAUCUUUUGAUUGUAAAAGAUCAAAAGAUUUCUAGGUGGUAAUACAAUUUCCAUUAAAAUGUGUAAAAUUUUAAGUUAACUGUUAGUAUUAAUGUUAAUAUUCUUGCAGUUGUUCACAGAAAAGAACACAGAUUGGUGGUUUUUAUAACGUUACUUUUUCAAAUAUUCUCUCCCAAUUUGUUUCUAAAUACUUUUCCCCAUUUUUUCUAAUGUAUCAUAAUCUAGUGGCUUCUCCUAUUUAAUGUUCUCCUAACAACGUUUAGGAAAAAAUGUGUCAUUGAGAAUUACGUGGUUGAAGGCAACACACAAAAAGAAACCCUAUACAGUUCAUUUUUGUGAAGAGGUAGAUUUAAUGUGAUAUCCUGUUAUUUUCUCAAAAAGAAGCAUAGCUUUUUUAAAAAUACGUUUCAAUUCAAAAUUUCUUGAAUAUGAUGGGCCUGGCUAGAAAGACAUCCUAAUUUGCAAUAGUACCUUUUUAAAGGUGUGCACCCUGUCCGAAGGUAAAUCAGCUUUCCUAGUGUUGAUGUUUCUUUUCUUCUUUCUCCUUACCUUGCCAUAAGUCAGAGGUCCUCAUAAUGCUAGGAAAUUCCUGUUUUUCACUUUCAAAAUUGAAUUAUAGUGAAUUACUGUUUACAACAUACACAUACUGUGAACAGAUACAAGUUUUGUCUUUUAUAAGGUUGUUUGUAGAGUGAGUGUAUUUUUUUAAAGGGGGUGUUAUAUGUUAAAUAUUUUCAGUUUUUUAUAAUUACUAGUAACUGUUAACUAAUUUUCAUUCAGUCAGUUGUGUAUAAAUAUAACUGAAAGGAGACAGGGAGAAACUGCAGAGCCACAACUUCCCUUUUAAAUUUCUUGAAAUGUUACCACUACAGAAUUUUUUUUCUAACCAGAAUGAUUGCUUAUUGAUGUGCUAUCCCUAAAAUCAUAUUCCCAAAAGUCAUAUGAGGAAACACAUAUACUGGAAAUAAACUAUAGAUUGAAGUAUAUUGGUGUGAUUCAGUCUGAUUCACAGAAAUCCAAGUUUAAUAUGGAAUAAAACAGCUCUAUCUACAGAGAUGAAAACAGGCAUUUUCUACCUUGUGAAAGUUUGGAGAUUUUGUUGCUGUUAGAAUGGAAAAUUUGGACAUUUUAUAUCAUUGUAUAAUUUCAGACUUUAGUUUCCGUAUCUUUUGGAAAAUAUGGUUAUAGCAAGAACAUACAAUGUAAGUAACCUAUUACUAAGACAGCAUAGAUGUAAAGCUAGUAUGCUUGGCUGUUAACUCUAACAAUGUUACUUAUGUCUGUUUUUAAAACAUGCAUGUAUUUAACAAUUUUACCAUAGUAUUGUCAUGAAAAAUAAAUAAAUAUAUUUUCUUACAUCUUA